GGAUUUUUAGUCUGUGAUACAAUUAGCAAUUUACUAGCAACACUGAAAUCAUAUGACAGUCAGCCACUUAUUUUCGAACAAAAUGGCUGUGAAAAUGGUCCUGUUUUGGAUUUCCCUUGUUUUAUCGAUAUUAGGCUCAAAUGCCUCUGGCGAAUUGAGUAUACUGUACAGCCCUUCAUCCCUUAAAUUUUCUGGAGGAUCUGAACUUUACGAGAGUUUCUUGAAGGAAAUAUACUCUGCUUCGCUUGGGUUGUCUGUAGAAGAGAGUUCCCAAUGGGAUGGUAUGUAUAUAAGUGAUCCCUUCAGUACUCCAGAAGCUGUUGUAGAAGUUUAUAUUGAUGGUGCUACCUCCCUCACAGAUGCUGCUGACUUGAAUUCCAAGAAUUUUCCCCUGAAAAUUGAUGAAUUUGAACCGGAUUCAUAUGAAGCUUUGAGACAUAGAAUUCACCAACAUUACCAAAAUAAUGCAAAUAAUGUGGUUAAAGUCAAUUUGUCAGACAAAGACCAGUUGGCUGCCUACCAUCGUAUAUUUGGAGAAAUUCAACCUGUGAAACCAACCAGACAAAAUUUGGAGUACUUGAAAUAUAAUAUCGAAGAAGAUGCACACUUCCUUUCAGAGUUGGAGAUGUUGAAGGCUUUAACUGAAAAGAUUGAUCUCAUCAAUACAGAUAAUUUAGUUGACUUCUACAGCUUCCGAUUUUUGUCACUUCAUGCUCUUUCAGAUUUCCAUGGGCCUUACUCUCCCCAAACUAAGGAAGCCAAAAAGCUUUUAGGAGAUGCUUUGAUAGCAUUUAGCAAAGCCUUCUCGAGGGCCUACGAUGGAUCUGUUCUAGUGGCUGUUGUAACUAGCGAUGUUGCCCAUACAAGAAGAAUGAUCCGUUCUACCAAUAUGCUCCGAAGCGAUAAUAAUUCUAAUAUUACAGCCGAUUCUAACUUCUCCGCCAUUUUCAACAUCAUCCUUUGGUUCAGCAUCGUGUUCGCGUUCAGCCUCGUGGCCAUUGUUUACGCCAUCAUGGAUAUGGAUCCUGGCAGAGACUCCAUCAUCUAUCGUAUGACCAGCACGAGGAUGAAGAAGGAUAACUAAACUAGUAUACACAUAGUUGAGAUAUUUUAUCAACUGAGUUUAUAACUCUGGUUCUAAAAUUACCAGAAUGUUACAUAGAGUCAAAACACCAACGACUGUUUGUUAGGUCAUAUUUGUAGUUUUCAAACAAUGUAAAUGAGAGCUACGAAUGAUGACUAGGUAGUUAUUUGUUGUGUUAAUUUGUUGGAAUUUGUGAAAUGUGAGCAAUUUAUAUUUAUUUGCGAUCUUGUUAACCGAUUCGUUGCGGCGCACAUUUUU